UGAACGUUUCAUUGAUCUGUUCAAACUAUGUACAUGUAUAUGCAAUGAACUCAUUGGCGUCGACGAAGUUGGUAGUUAUCAUGAUAAGAACAGCUGGAUAUACCAUUUUCUUCUUUUCCAUUGUCUCUGCUUGUUUACCUGGAUGGCACCCUUUCAAUAAUUCCUGCUACCAUGUAUCGAUAGAGGAUGAAUCCUGGAUGGAUGGAAUGAAAAUGUGUGAAAUACAUGGCGGAUACCUUGUCCAUAUAGAGACGGCUGAAGAAGACAAUUUCAUAACCCAACAAAUGCAAGCGUACGCUCUGCACGACAUUUGGGUGGGUGGUUCUGACUGGACGAACGAAGGAACAUGGGUUUGGGAACCAGAGGGAAAGACUUUUCAAUACUUUAACUUUGCACCUCAUAAACCAAACAACGCCCAUGGUCAAAACUGUCUGUCCAAGGCCAUGUCCCAUAAUUACCAAUGGGACGACGAAGACUGCGAUGACUAUAUGGAAUACAUAUGUGAGAAAGCAAACACAGACAUAGGAUCUCUUGUAGGAUGAGGAAUAAUCAGUUUUGUACUGUGUACCAUUCAUUUCCGGAUAACUUUGUCCACUGACUGUUGAAAUAAAGAAUACCUAUGAAUGUA